AUGGAGAGACUCAAGGAGUAUUCAGAAACUGAGGAGGAGGUGAGGAAACUGAGACAGAAAAGUGAAGCUGCUUGUCCAAGAUCACAUGGCUGGUAAAUGGCAGACCUAGGCUUUGAGCCUGCGCCUCCUCGGAGACCAUCUCCAGUGCCAUGGGAGUCGUACUACACUGCCUCCUGAGGAAAUGCCCCUUGGGAGAGAGACCAAGGCCUCUGGUUGGCAUCAUGGGGCGGACGGGAGCAGGGAAGUUGUCCCUGACCCUGGGCUUCUUUCAGUCAACAAGUCUGCUGACGGAGCGAUCAUCAUUGAUGACAUCAACAUUGCCAAGAUCACCUCAUCCCCCAGGUUCCUUCUGCAUGAAGCUGGACCCGUUUAGCCAGUACUCAGAUGAAGUCUGGACGUCCCUGGAGCUGGCUCACCUGAAGGACUGCUUGUCAGCCCUUCCCGAUAGGCUGGACCACGAGUGCGCAGAAGGUGGACAGAACCUCAGGCAGCGCCAGCUUGUGUGCCUGGCUCGGGCCCUGCUGAGCAAGAUGAAUAUUGUUGUGUUGGAUGAGGCCACGGCGGCCGUGGACCUGGAAAUGGGCGACCUCAUUCAGUCCACCAUUCAGACGCAGUUCAAAGGCUGCACUGUCUUCACCGUUGCCCACCGGCUCAUCAUCAUCAUGGACUACACAAGAGUGGUUGUGAGGAUUAAGAAAAUGAAGGUCUAGAAUUCCACUGGCACAUAGUAGGUGUUCAAGAAAGAAUACUGACCUGAUAUCACACUUCUCUUCUCCCUGUGUGGCACCCAGCUAAAUGCCAUCUACUACCUCAGAGUCAAGCAAGCCCAUUCUUUUGAUGCCAUUUCACAGGAUGAACUUAGUUUGCUUGCCAUUGGAACUCUGUUCGCAAAAUUUUCUUUUUUUUUUUGAGACAGGGUCAUGCUGUGUUGCCCAGGUUGGUCUCAAACUCCUGAGCUCAAGCGAUCCGCCCACCUCAGCCUCCCGAAGUGCUGGGAUUACAGGCAUAAGCCGCUGCACCCAUCCUGUUCUCAGAAUUUUCAUUUUGGCUUAAACUUUGGUGCAAUUGGUUUGCCCCUACUGUUUACCAUCAGAUUUGUCAGUCCAACUGACAGAACAUAAAUUAUGCACAAUUCAGAUGUUGAAGACUUUUUGAAUGUCUUAUCUGUGGAUGAGUGAGCCGACUUAACCUGUGUACCUCAGUUUCCUCAGCUGUCAAGAUGGGGUAGUAUCUAUCCAUCCAUCCAUUUAUCUACGUAUCUGUAUAUCUAUAUAUACUGGUCUACCUACCUGUUAUUAAGUUUAGCCUAAAGCUGCCUCCUUACAUACUUUAGGUUUGGCCUAAAGGUUUUCCCAUACAUAGUGAACCGUGAAUUAACUGGACUCCUACACAAACAGACUGCAACCUACUCAUGUGUCAAUCACUGAAUUUCAGCCAAUCGAAGGCAGCCAACUGUUUAAACCAUGUUCAAAUAAAGCAAAUGCUGAGCUGCAACCA